GAGCUCGCAGGCCCCGCCUCAUGUCCCCAUGAGGUCUCUGGGGGCCCAUAAAUAUUGUGGCCUUGAAGCGCUGGAGACAGUACUCGUUCAGUUUCUCUGCUUGUCACCACCGACUCUCCACACCUCCAGACAAGAUGAGCGCCUCUAGUCCCGACCAGCGGUUGGACCACCUCUUGAGCGCCGUGGAGAGCGAGUUCCAGAAGGGGAGCGAAAAGGGCGACGCCUCGGAGCGGGACAUUAAACUGGGUCUGGAGGACGCGGACCUGUGGAACAAGUUCAAGGAGCUGACCAACGAGAUGAUCGUCACCAAGACCGGCAGGAGGAUGUUCCCGGUGUUGCGGGCCAAUGUGUGCGGACUGGACCCGAAUGCCAUGUACUCGGUGUUGCUGGACUUUGUGGCUGCUGACAACAACCGGUGGAAGUACGUGAACGGGGAGUGGGUGCCAGGGGGCAAACCAGAACCCCAGAACCCUAGCUGCGUCUACAUUCACCCGGACUCCCCCAACUUUGGGGCUCACUGGAUGAAGGCUCCGGUGUCGUUCAGCAAAGUCAAGCUUUCCAACAAACUCAACGGCGGUGGUCAGAUCAUGCUGAACUCUCUGCACAAAUACGAGCCGAGGAUUCACAUCGUGAAGGUCGGAGGGAUCCAGAAGAUGAUCAGCAGUCAGUCCUUCCCUGAGACACAGUUCAUUGCAGUCACUGCUUAUCAGAAUGAAGAGAUUACAGCACUAAAGAUUAAGCACAACCCCUUCGCCAAAGCUUUUCUGGAUGCCAAAGAAAGAAGUGACCACAAGGAUGUUGCUGAUCAUAGUUCAGACAGUCAACAGUCCAGCUACUCUCAGAUAGGUGGUUGGUUCCUGCCCAGCCAGAAUCCCAUUUGCCCCAGCAGCAGUCCACCUCAGUUCAGCGGAUCCGGAAGCGGUCACACGUCUGGCUCAUACUGCGAGCGCUACUCCAGCCUGAGGACACAUCGCAGUUCACCAUACCCCGGACACUACUCCCAUCGCACCCCGACCUCAAAUAACUACAUGGACAACAGCUCGGCGACACUGGCCACUCAUGACAGCUGGUCUGCUCUUCAGAUCCCAAACUCCAGUGGGAUGGGAACCCUGUCUCACACCACCAACUCCACGUCCAACACUAGCCAGUACCCCAGUCUUUGGUCAGUUGCCGGGACCACACUCACCCCAUCCGGUUCAGCUUCUGGUGGUUUGACGUCCCAAUUCCUGAGGGGCUCGUCAUACACAGGCCUGACCUCCUCACUGCCUGUCUCCUCUCCCUCCUCCAUCUAUGACCCAAGUCUGAGCGAGGUUGCUGUUGGUGACGUGCAGCUCGAAAGCUCAAUCGCCAGGCUGACUGCAUCCUGGGCUCCUGUGGCUCAGAGCUACUGAACUGCUGACAGAACUCUCCUGUUUGUUGUGAAUGGGCUAAGUGAUGGAAAUAUGUUUGUAUAUCUGUGUAUAGAGAAUGAAUUAAGGUCCAAUAUUUGAAAACAGGACUGGGAAAAACAGGUGCCUCCUAAAUGUGGGCAAAUUCUGCCCACACAUGUA